AUGCCUGCAGCUGGACGUGUGUACAGUAAGUACCUAAGAGCUGAUGAGGGCGGAGGAGGAGCAGGCCCUGCUGGUGAAGAUUUGUGGGAUCGGGAUCGCGGAGGAGGCGCUGGCGGCUGCGGACACGGGGGCGGAUAUGCUGGGCCUUACCGCCUGAGACGGCGCAGACGAUAUCCGCCAUCCGCUCAAGACGCGCUACUACAUCUCACUCGCCCCUCUCCGCACGAGGAGCGACUCCCCUGGUUCGGUUCACGCAGCACGCCAAGUCUGUAUUCUCGCCCCCCUCGGCCGCGGCCGCUGCUCGUCGACGUCUUCCAGAACCAACCGCUGGUGUAUGUCUUUGUCGCUGUGGCUGCCGCCCAGCUCGACCAGCUGCACGGCUCCGAGCCCGCCGAGGUGUUCCACGUCGGCGCGGAGAAGGGCAGGGACGUGGACGUAGCGGAGAUGAAGAAGGCGGGGCUGCACCAGUUUGUGUUGUCCGAUUCGAUGAGGAGCGGUGGGAUCAGCGGGGGAGCCGGGGGGGACGGCGGCAAGGCGGUGGACUGGGUAUACUCGCGUGAGUCCAGUCGCGGAUGGGGACACGCCGCAGGUACCACGACGACCAACGGGACUCCGGUUGCGCAGAAGCAGCCGUAUUUUGCGAUGCCCAUUAUCCCGGCAGGUGGGCUCACGCCGUUUAAUGUCCACGAAGCGGUGGAGAAGUCAAGUCGUGGGCGGUCGAUGUGAGCGGGGGGAGGAUGGACGGGGCCAGAGAAGGUUAUAAAGGCAGGCGAAGGGCCAGGAGUAAUGUAUUGGAUGUGAAAUUUGUAUGGGUUGUACUGCUAUCAUUAUUCAUUUCUGG